AUUGCCGUUAAUUUGUAGUCUAGCAAGACCGCUCGAGUAGGAUGGACCUGUGUCUGCCCUGCUUCGGGUAUUGCAUCAUUAAUCAUCUUAUUAAUUUUUUGCUGAAAAGCGUUUCCGGCUAUAACUGUGAUUUGUAAGCUUGGCCACGUAAAUCCAACUAAGUUGGAACCUGGGCCAUAUAAAUAAAGAAGAAGAAGAAGCCGUCAAUUUAUCGGCGAGCCCGGCAAGCACUCCGAAGAAGAAGUCGCCGCCGCCGUCGUUUGCUUCCACGUGCCGAAAACGUUUGAAAAGAUUUGCGGCGAUAUGUCCGUCGCACGAUGCGCUCGGUUGUUUUCCUCAUCGAAGAACGCGUUAUUACUGAACCAGAGAGUAACACAAAUACAUAGGGAUUUUGGUACCAUCAGGCUGUUAUCUGUAAUUUCGAAGACACAGCCACCAAUGCCUAGGGAUGUCCACACAGUAUCCGAGCACUGUACAUCUACAGUGGAAACUUUACAACCAAAGAUGGGAUUUUUUGCAAGAAUACUGAAAAAAACUGGUAUUCUAGAUGUCCAGAAAUAUAGAAAUAUGGAUAUGGGUUAUGAAGUAUACGAACAUUUAAUUGGUCAAGUGGAUUAUCCUUUCUUUUUUAAACAUUUUAAUAUGCCAGAUACGUUCUUCGCUUGGUUUCUGGUGACAGAGCUUCAUGUCUGGAUGAUAAUGAUUCGCUAUAUGGCAGACGAGAAGGAUGGAAAAGCUAUCAGAAAUUAUACAGUAGCAGCAAUGUGGCAGGACACACAAGCCAGGAUAGAAAAUCUCGGUCUAAUCAAAACCAAACUCAAAAACAAACAACUACAAGAAAUAUCACAUCAAUUCAAUGCUGCUAUAAUAGGUUACGACGAGGGCAUACAAUCUGAUGACAAAGUACUAGCAGGAGCAUUAUGGAGACGAUUCUUUCAAUUGGAGUGCAACAAUCCGGAACACAUUGAAACACUUCUGAUUUAUGUUAGGAAACAGAUUUGUUUGUUUGACAGUUUACCAAAUGAUGAAAUUUUAAGAAAACCUAUUUUAAAAUUAAUAGACAUAAAAAGUUUAUGUAAGCAUCAACAAUAAUUACAAUUAGCAGACAAAAUUAACAGAUAAUGAAAUAUUGUUUU